CUUCUUCUUUAUUUUUCCUCUUUCGGAAAAAUGUUUUCUUUUUCUUUUUAUGUUUUUUAAUUUAUCUUUUGUUUCCGUUUCUCUCUUUGCGUGUGUGAGAUUUUUUCCUCCUUCACCUCCUUUUGCCGAUUGGUGAUUUUCUUAUAUGUUCUUUUCUUCAAAACCUCACUGUGUUUUGUUGCAGCUCUCUUUGCUCACUGAAAGGUUUGAUUUAUUUUCCAUCCCAUCGACCUUGAGAAUGGACCAUAGAAGAAACGAGCCAGAGUUCGAUGAAUUGGAGAAGCUUCUUCUAGAGAUUCCCAAAGUUACUUCAGGACACGAUUACAGCCGCUUCCCUGUAUGUUUGAGCUCAUCACCAUUCCAAGAGCAAAACCUUCAUCUCCCCGGUGGUGACUACGCAUUUACAUCUUCACUUGCUCAAGGGAACUUAAACUUUGGAAUCUCAAAUCAAACUCCGGAUAACCCCAACCUUAUGUUCAUUCCUUCUUACACCUCACCUUGCGGAUAUGCAGACAAGUUUGAUCCUCAACUGUUUAGUAAGCUGCAACAUGUUGGUUGCUUUCCUAAUAUAUCACCUCCUCAGCCGCAGCGUUACAUGCCAUCCUCUCUCUCUCACCAUCAAGGUUUGGAUCAGUCUCAUAUCAACUGGAGGAGUACUGUUGAAGAAGAGAGGCUUAUUAAUCCGCAAGAAGAGCAGUACAUGCCGGUGAAUCCUCAUUACCUCUAUCGCCAAGCUCAACAGUCUAACAGAAAUUCGGAUGGUCAUGCAAGGAAGAGAAUGUACUACCCGGAGAAGCUUCUAGUGAGAUCACCGCUCGGUGCAAACACAGCUAAACUCAUAAAGUACGGUGUUGGAGGAGAAGAUGAUUCACAUAACAGAAGACUUUGUUUGCAGCUCGAUGAAGAUCUCUCAAUGAGCCUCAACAAUCUAACGUUGCAGCCUCCAAAAUUUUUCUCUCUCGCAGAGGCAAGAGAGAAGAUCUAUUACAUGGCCAAAGACCAGCACGGUUGCCGCUUCCUGCAGAGGAAGUUUGCCGAGGGAGAUGAGAAUGAUAUCGAAAUGAUCUUUAACGAGAUCAUUGACUAUUUAAGUGAGCUUAUGGUAGACCCCUUUGGGAACUAUCUAGUUCAGAAGCUGCUUGAAGUAUGCAACGAUGAUCAGAGGAUGCAGAUUGUUUGUUCCAUAACUAGAAAACCAGGAUUGCUUAUCAAAAUCGCUUGUGAUAUGCACGGGACUAGAGUUAUUCAAAAGAUCGUUGAAACGGUUAAGAGACAAGAAGAGAUCUCAGUCAUCGUCUCUGCUUUGAGGCAUGGCAUUGUGACUCUGAUGAAGAAUGUAAACGGUAAUCACGUUGUUCAACGGUGCUUGCAGUAUCUCUUACCUUACUGCAAGAAGAUUCUCUUUGGAGCUGCGAUUACUCAUUGUGUUGAGCUUGCAACUGAUAGACAUGGAUGUUGUGUGCUUCAAAAAUGUAUUGGCCAUUUCGAGGGAGAACAAAAGGAUCGCUUAGUCUUGGAAAUAAUCUCCAAUUCUCUACUCCUCUCUCAAGACCCUUUUGGGAACUACGCUCUUCAAUAUGUAUUUCAGCUACACCUUGAAUGGGCUAUCAACGAAAUCCUCGAGCAACUAGAAGGGAACUACACCGAGUUAUCUAUGCAGAAAUGUAGCAGCAAUGUAGUUGAGAAAUGUCUGACACUAGCUGAUGACAAACAUCAAGCUCGCAUCAUCAGGGAACUCGUAACGUAUGGUCGUCUUGACCAAGUUAUGCUGGAUCCUUACGGAAACUAUGUCAUUCAAGCAGCUCUUAAGCAAUCCAAGGGGACUCUACAUGGUCUACUGGUUGAUGCCAUUAAAAUUUAUACCUCAUCUCUUCGUACCAAUUCUUACGGUAAAAAAGUCCUCUCUGCACUUAACUCGAAGAAGUAAAAUCAGCAGAUUUGUAGCAAAUGUGUUGGCCUGUGUUGUUGGUAAAGUUACCUUGUAAAUGUAAUGUGUAAUAAGAGUAGAAUUCGCAUGUUUUUGGUUUAGAAGAUCCAAAGAAAACGGCUUAAAUCUAAUCUUACAUUCAUCUAUGUUUUGAAAG